GAACGAUUCUAAUUGUUACCAAAGACGGCGUUGAAGUCUCCAAGGAAAAAUAAUGACAAGUAAAAGCAGAUCAGCGGAACCUACACUUCAGUCAUCCAUCACAUGAUGCUAAACAACAUAAACAUCGGGAAAUGAAACAUGACUUUAUCAUCACAUGAAAUUUUAUGACAUUGGAUGGCUGAACACUCACACGUUUUAAACAUGAGGUUUCUCCUGCUGUGCAUGGUUUUAGCAGUAACACUCACUGCUAUUACCCUGCUAUGUUAUGUCUUCCUUCUGAGUUCAAUUGUACCAACAACAGUGCAUUCAUUUUUGGAGGUGAGGAAGACCAACGAUUACCCUGUGUUGGUAGGUUCAUCUGUGGAAUCACAUUUUUUGAUGCUGAAGAUGUAUAACUGCUCUCGCUUGCAACACAGGCAAGUGCACAUUCUCUGGAGCAACUUCUACUGGCAGGAAGUCCAAGACAGUAAGAUAUAUUUAUACAGUGCUUACUAUGACACAAGAUUUGUAUAUGAUGGAGUACCUUACCAUUAUGUGAGGGUAAUAGGCAUGUCAAUGGGGAAGAUUUACGGGAAAACCUAUUAUUGUAGCCUCUGGUAUAAGCAGCAGAAUGAUCCUGUUGUCUUGAAAGCAGAUACAUCAGAGAUUUGGGUGCAGCAGUGGAAUAGUCAUCCAGCUCCUGACCUGUACCACACAUACCUCUUCACUUGCCCCAUUCCGGAAGGAGUGCGUAAGGGUGGUGCCUAUCCAGAUUAUGUCUCCAUUUCUGCACAACCCUGUAAUAAUGUAACGACCAUGGUACCCAUUCACAGAGAAGGCAUUUUGAAGAGUCAGUUAAAAAAGAAAGGCAAGUAUGCUGUAUGUGUUAAAGGGAUGGACUUCAGAAAAGAUAUAUCACAUAGACUAAUAGAAUGGCUAGAACUUCUUUUCAUAUUGGGUGCAGAAAAAGUUUUCUUUUAUAAAUACUCAGUCCAUCCAAAUAUAGAUAAAGUGUUGGAUUACUAUACUAAACAAGGGAAAGUGGUUGUCUUAUCUCUCACACUGCCAGGAGACCAGCCCAAUGAACCUCAAUUACGUUCUCUGUACUUGAAAAGAGAUGUGUGGCAGAAGAGGAGAAAUGAAAUUGUACCAUAUAAUGAUUGUUUAUAUAGAAACAUGUAUUUGUAUGAUUACAUAAUUCCUCUUGAUGUAGAUGAGGUUAUUUUACCCGUAAAAACUUACACAUGGUCAGAAAUGUUCAGCAAGUACAAGCAAGAUCAUCCCAAAGACUUGGAAAGAUAUGCUUCUUUCUCAGCUCAAAACGCUUAUUUUCUAGAAGCUUACAAUGCCACAUGGGACCCUGACGUUUCGAGGAAUUUCCACAUGUUGCACUACAAGACUCGCAGCGCAAAUUUCAGCAUCCGAGGGCACUCAGUCAAGAGCUUCAUAUCAACAAACAAAUCUUUAUCUAUAUUUAAUCAUUAUACGCUAGAGGGCCUUUAUGCCAAAGUCAAAGGUAACCUUGUUUUGAAUACUUCAGUUGUGCAGAUGAACCACUAUAAAGAACGUUGCCCACGAGAGCUGUAUAGCAAGUGCAAGAGCAAUUUUUUGGUGUACACAAAGAGGGACAAUAUUAUAGAAAAAUACAAGAAACCCCUUGUAGAUCAUGUUCUGGUGACUUUAAAGAAAUUGAACUUGUUACCUAUAGAUUAAACAGUUAUUUUUUAUGCUAUUAUGCCUUUGAUUAAUCGCACAUAGCAUGCAUUUGUGUGUGUAGUAUAUAGAGAAAGAAACAAAGAAAAACAGGCAAACACACAGGUAUAGACAUAUGUAUUUAAACUUAAUAUGUUACCUUUUUUGUAUUUCUAUGAUUCUAAGUGCAAUACUUUGGAUUAAUAAUAAAUAGCAUACCCUGACUAAUGAAAUGUAUAUGGAAAUAAACAAUUUCUUUUAAA